GUGUCUUCAAUUCUAUGUUAUUGCUAUUGUUGUGUUUAUUCUUGGUCUUGCUAAACACGUUUAUCGUUCGAUCCGCGACUGCUCAACUGGCGGACCUGAUAGUGUGCAUGGCAAAAAACGUGGCUACGAAGAACCGUUGGAGAGCGGCCGCUUCUAAACGACUCUACAAUCGUGACUCUCACACACACACAUACAUACAAACAUUCUCUUUUGUGCUAUCGCGCGCUGUCUGUGUGUGUUUCUCUUUGACGCUCAUUUGCGCUUGCUUUUCAGCUCCAUUUCGCGGGCGUUAGCAGUUGUUGGCGGUAUUGUAAGGAGCACAUUAGCGAGCAUUGCGAGAAGUGCUGAACAGAAUUUAGUAUGGUUUUGCAGCUUUCAGCGUUGAUAACGAAAAAAGUGUUGGAUCGUCGGCGUUUUACUUAAUUUCUAAUACACACACACACAAAUACAAUUAAAGUGUAUGCCGAGAUCCGCAAAAGCAAAAAAAGAUAUUUCGCACUCACGAAAGCGUUUAGCUAAUUUACGCACCAGCGCAGCAGUUAGUCGCCGUUGCCAUACAACAACAACGUAGAGAAGUUGAAGCUCAAGAAGUUUAGUGCAGCAGCAACGGUUGCUUGGGCAUUUACAGCCUGUUAUUGUUGUUUUCUCACAUUGCUUUGCGUGAAUCAUUGGCAAGCAAUCAUCACCUGACUAACCGAACGACAACAAGCUGCCAAAAUAGCCACAACAACAACACGGCUGAUUGCAGCAGCAACAACCGACACUCGCGCAGUCACACACACAUACACACGCUCACACAACGUGGAGCAGCGCUGGAAAUAUCGUUAGCAGAAAACCGGUUAACCACGACGAGCCUGCACAGCGCGCUUGCUCAUGCCGUUUUUUGCUGUUGUUGUUGUUGAUGCAUACGCGUUUGGCUAACAGCACAAGGAAAAAACUGGUUACCGCUUGCGCCAGCGAAUCGCGGACCGGUUGGGCGAGUUCGGUUUUUUUCUACGCUUUAACAUUAUCAUUGUUGUUGCUGUUUACGUGCGUUUUUUUUUGUUUUCAAAUCGGGGAACGUUUGAACGGUUUUUGUUUUACGCUAAAACAGGCUUUGCCAUUUAUCAUUACAGUUUCAGCCGUCGAACAUGGCUAAGGACACAAUUUCACUACGGAAUAAGUCGAUACCGGAGAUCAGCAAGAAAAAGAGUGCCAAGGACUACAUCGACAUCGAUCAAACCGUGCUGGAACCGAGUCCGCAACGCAUACGCAACAUAUUGACGCUGGAGGAGCGCGUCGCCGCCAUAGAGGCCUACGAUUGUCGGCCCAUGUACACGAAAGUGGCGAAAAUGUUCAAUUGCAGUUGGGAGCAAAUCAAGAAUAUAAUCGCCAAUCGUGAUGCUAUAAUGGAAUUCUAUAUGGCCACACGAAGCGCUGAAACGCAAAACGAUUCAAAUCGCCUUGAGGUACGUUCGCGUAAAAUACGAUUUCUUGGCGAGUGCCUCUACGAGUACAUACAGCGUGCACAAUUUCACACGAAGGCACACAUAACGGAAGAGUUGUUGCGCAUGAAAGCCAUCGAAUUUCGCGAUAUUAUACAAAUCGAUAAUUUCAUGCCGAACAAGGCGUGGAUCAAUCACUUCAAAGCAACCUAUAAUUUUUCGCUGUCAAAUCGCCAAAUAACGAUUACACGCACACCGCCCACUUCGCUGGAUCUCAAGGAUAUCAUGACCUAUUGCACGAAGAAUAAAGCGAAAGCGGAGGCGUCCAGCCCAAGCGCAAUGGAGGAUAGAGAGUCGGAUUUAUAUCGCACCGCCACGCGCAUCGCCAUCUCGGGCGAGAAUGAAGCCGCUUUGCAGGAGAUGAAACAGCGGCGCUUGCGCAAGAUCAACUUCCUCAAGAAGACGCUCUUCGAGUAUUGGCAGCGCGCCAGACAUCACCACAAGAUGCGUAUGAAUGAGAAUUCGUUGCGCAAAGUCGCUUUCGAAUUGAAAGAGAUGCUGAAAAUCGACAAUUUCUAUCCGGAUAAAGAGUGGUUGACACAGUACAUAACGGUCAUAUAUCCGACAAUGCUGAAGCAAGCGCAGGAUCCGCGUGCGCCGCCACUUUCGCUCGACUUGAAGGACAUACUGAGCUACUGCAGUAGGCAGGAGAAUAAGAAACAGGCGCCCAGCACGAUAACGCUGGCGCCGAAAGAAACCGCGCAGCAAACAACUGCCACAACCGCUAUAACAACAACAACUCCGCUAGUGCAAAUACACACCUUCAACUUGCGACGCAGCGAUGAGUCUAGCAAACCAUCGGGCGCGCAAACCACAACAACAUGCGCUAAACCAACUACAACAACAACUACGUCAACAACGAAAAUCAAAGAAGAAAUUAUAGAUCUGGACGCGGAUGAGGAGGAUGUGAAACCAAACAUAAAUGAGCUUGUGUCAACGACACCAUUGCCGACAACAACAACUACAACAGCGGUUGAAACUAAUAAACGCCGCAGAACACCAACACCACCUGCCACGCCAGUGACCAUACAAACCGGGCAACAACAACGCGCGGCGCAGGUCACACCUGCGCAUGGCGCUCAGCUGCCUGCUUUGAGAGUCGUGAGCUUAAGUGAAUUGGUGCCACCGCUCGCACCGUUACUAAGAGCUGCGUCGCCGGCAGCAUUGCCACCCAAUAAUACGCACAUCCCGGAAGUAACAAAAACAACAAGCUUACAUCGCAAACGUCCGAGCAGCGAAGCGAGCUUCACCCACCAACCCCUGAAAAUACAAAAGAUCGAAUCGAUUGGCAUACAAAUUGCCGAGCUACCGGCACAUAGUCCUGGACAUUGGUCGGAGCAUAGCGACCGCGACGAGGAGGAGUUGCCCAAACACGUGACUAAUUACACCGAGGCGCUGAAACUGUUGAAACCCUUGGAAGAGUUCGCGAUGCUGGAAGAGAACUAUCGUGUGAUCGGUUUAAUAUCACAGCUCGAAGAGAUCUUCAAGCAUCCACCGCCGAAGGAGCACAACUGAAUAUAGCUGAAUGUAAAAUUAUGUUUCCUAUAAGAAGUGGCCUUAGGCGGACCUGUUGACUUGUUUUAGAGUUACGCCAUUAACUAAAAAUAGUAUAGUGAAAGCAUGCUUGUAAAUAUUUGUUUGUAGUACGCGUUGAGUACUUGUAUAUAUUUUUUGAUUUAUAAAUAUUCAAAGUGAUAUUUAUGCGGAUAAAUUGAGCUUAUAUGCAAAAAAAAGGCUCUGUACUAAGCAAUUACAACACCACCACACACACAAAUGUACAUUAUUAGAUAUAGAAAAAAGCUUUGUAUUUAUGGAGAAGCAUUAAUUUAGCAAUAUUCUUAUGUAAUUACAAUGUUGGGUUUGCUCUGAAUUAGUCAUAUUUUUAAUUUUAUUUAGUUAAUUAUUUUAAAAUAAUGAAGUAAAUUCGCUUGGAAAAUUAAUUUAAUUUUUUUUCUCACAUAAUAAUCAUCUCAAAAAAAAUAACCUAAAUAUUAUGAUAUAUAACUAUUUUGUCUGUUGGUUUACAUAAUUUUCAAAACUAUAAUCUGAACUGAUACUGUCUAGAAACUAAAAAAAAAUCGUGUUUUUUUUUCAUGUUUCGAUAGUUUAGAUCUUCAAAACAAUGAAAAACGUUAACCGAAGCUAUACUUGUAAUACCCUUACACCUGAUUUUUUAUAACAUACAAAAUGACUAAAAUAAAAAGAUCUGAGAUUGUAGCGUUGCCUUGAAUAA